UGUACAGUGUGUGCGCAAAGGAUUGUGGGCUCGGCGCGUAUGUUUCCAUCAUGGCGGCGUCAAUUUCGGGAUACACUUUUAGUUCUGUGUGUUAUCACAGUGCCAACACCAAUUCCGAUCAUGAGGGCUUCCUGUUGGGAGAAGUGAGACAGGAGGAGACUUUAAGCAUCAGUGACUCACACAUCGGUAGUUCAGAAUUCGUCAGUGUAAUAGAGGUCCAUAAUCAUGAACCUUGUGCACAACUGUUUAGCUUUUAUGACUAUGCGGGUAACGUCAAUGAAGAAAAUCUCAACAGAAUCCUCAAGGACAGAAGAAAAAAUGUUAUCGGCUGGUACCGGUUUAGAAGGAACACUCAACAGCAGAUGUCAUUCAGGGAGCAGGUGAUCCACAAGCAGUUGACCAAUAUACUUGGCAUCCCAGAUCUGGUCUUCCUCCUCUUCAGCUUCAUCUCCACAGCCAAUAGUUCCACACAUGCUUUGGAGUAUGUGCUCUUCAGGCCCAACAGAAAUAGCUAUAAUCAGAGGAUAUCUCUAAGCAUCCCAAACCUGGGCAACACCAGUCAACAGGAAUAUAAAGUCUCCUCUGUGCCGAACACCUCCAAGAACUACGCCGGGGUCAUUAAAGAACAUGGGAAUGAGUUUUUUGAUAAGGAUGGGGUGAUGAAGGACAUUCGAGCUAUUUUUCAAGUGUACAGUGCCCUUCAAGAAAGAGUGCAGGCGGUGUGUUGUGAAGUAGAUCAAAGUGAACGAGUGAGGGAGAAAAUCCAAGAAGAAGUGAACAAACUCAAAGAGGAAAUCGCUCUCAGGAAACGGAACCGCGCUGAGGAAGAGAGAAGACUCCAAGAGGCGGCCGCUGUCCCGCUUCCUGAUAACUCUGCCCUUCCUGACUCCUCACAGUCUUCACCGACUCAAGUCGUGCUCUCAGGUCCCUCGGUGGAGCCCAGUGUAGAGAGACCCGUGAACUCCUCAUCUCCACCAAUCUACAGCACCACACUGCCUCCAGAUUCACCAAGCGCUAUACUGCUACCGCGGCCCCAAGCCGUAGGUUCGCCCGGACACCCGUCUCCCAGUCUGGGCCUGGGCAACGGAGACGGUUCGAGCUCAGAUUCCCUGAACCGCCAGGCCACCGGCCAGGAGGACGGCGACGACGAGGACAGUAGCGAGUACGAAAAUUUAGUUAGCGAGCAAUUGCAACCACCCUCCUUAACAGAAACUGUUACAUUAGGACGACCGGCUACACUGUGGCCCGACGGAGAUGCCCACAGCCCCCCAGGCUCCUAAUAGUCAAACAAACCAACGGGGAUACGGAUGAACGAACAGAACUAGGUGUGAUCGUGAGGUCAUGGUGUUCGGAACACAAACAAACACUUGCCUUUUGUGAGUUUUGACAAUGCUGUCCUGUUGCACACAUUUAACAGCUCUGUGCAGGACAGCGGAAUGGAAUGAUAUCCCCAUCUGGAUCCACACGCCCCCUUUUCUCCGUUUCAUGCUCUCCUCUCUGGUUUGGUUUGGGUGGAGAGGUGCAUCCUGCUUAUCUCGGUGUCUGCCACUCACUGGAGUCGUUCGGUUCUUGCACCAUUUACCUCUUGCACUGUUUUGCCUUCUUUUGAUCUGCAUUUGUAAAAGCAAAGGGAAUGAUGUCUUUCUUUUUUGUUGCAGCCUUCAGACACAUCUCUGUGCGCGCUUAUUCUAUCUUCAUUGUCUUGCUUCAUAAAUCUGAAUGGACAGAAAAAAAUCAGUUAUAUUAAGUGCUUAGGACUACAGCUGACACUGUAGAAAAAUGUAUUUUAUUUUUGGUUUUAUCAGUUAUAUUUGAUUUGAUUGAGUAAUAUAAUGGCCUAUUCAUAAAAAUUGUUUGGGUCAACGAUUAUAAAAGUAACUUUGAUAAGGGGUGCUUGUAUUUUCUAUGACAUACUAGAUCACUACUAAUUUUAUUGGCUUGAACACAUUUUUUCCUAAUGAAUGAAUCAAAUUUGAUAUUUCUUUAUGCUGAACCUCAAACUUUCACCAUUGAGCUUUAACCGAAUCUUCCGGUCGUACGGUUUGACGGAGCCAUCAGAAACUGGAAGGGUCAGAAUGCAGCAUCAUCGAUCUCAGGAUUCUUUUACAGUUCCAGGGCUGCGGUUUUCUCACAUCAUCUUGUCCACAUGCCUUUGUUCUUUAGUUGAGAAGACAUGAUUGCUCAAAGCAGUGCAGUGGUGAAUCAGUUUAGAGCUCUGUGAUCACGUGAAAUAAAGAUUUCAGCCAUAUGCAGCAGAUCUUUAAAGGUAGAAGCAGUUUUGUUAUCUGUUAGUGGAUGUUUUGCUACAUCUGAUCAAACCAAAAUGACGUUUUCCCUCAAAAGUUUGUGUGUGUGUGUGAAUCUCAGAAAAACAUGACUGGGUCAUUUUACCAUUAACCAUUAAAUAAUAAUAACUUGCCACUGAAUUUCAAAUGGCCAUGAUGUAUAGACACUUCACAAUUUAAUAUUACUUUAAACAAGUUUUGCAAUAACAUUUGGAGAUUUAGUGGAACCCAGUUACAAAUUUUAUAUAUAUAUAAACCUGAAAAAUGUGGAGUGAAAUGUGACUAACACGUUCUUGUGAGAUUCACUCAUGUUGUGCAUAUUGUGAACAAUUUUGAGCAAGUAAUUCGAAUCAGAUUGAUGAGCUGUCUGACUUUUCUCCCAAAGAAUCCAAAACGUGUUUCUUAGUUUUAUCUCAGGGUCUGACGCUCUGACGUUUAUUUUGGCAGAGCCCGAGAAUGUCUCACUUUUCAUUCAGGAUAUUUUUUCGCAGCAGGACAGAAAAAUAACAAAUGUUUGUUCCCUGGCAUGAGUGUGAAUGAGAGUACACUGACAGAGAUGUUUUAGUCCGCUGUAUCAUGUUGCAUUAACCGUCUGCUUUAAAUGUUUCUGCCUCAUUCGGACUUUGGCAUCUGUCUUCAAGUGUACGGCCAAAAACCACCACCACCACCCAUGGUUUUCAACAUGAAUAUGUAAGCGUUAAACUGAACAGUGACACUAAAGUGGAGAGAUUCCACAUUUAAACUUGACGUGGGCUUGUUUGGACAGCUGGCAGCCGGUCCCUCUGAGCUUUAAAAAUGCCAUUUUAUCAUUACUAACAUGUUUCUUAGAAAGUUCAGAUGAACAUAAAUGCCACUUAAGAUGAUAAAAUAUAUAUGCAUAUACAGGAUCUGAUCCAACAAAUGCUAUUCAUGAUGAUAAGUCCUUGCUGCCAUAUUGCAUUUUGCUUUCUUCUUACAGAUGCUUUCAAAUCUGAUUACAAAAUAAAUUCAAAUUUGGCAUUGUGCCAUUUUAACGGGGAAAUUGC